AUGGCGGACUACGCUUCGUUUGUCGAUUACGUUCUCCGUGUCGACGAGCUAUUCGGCGUCGUCAUGGACGACAGCGAUAUUGCAGACGUACCACGACAGAGGCUGAGGGACCGCCUGAAUCCCGUGGAACACUUCACCAACAGCGAAUUUCUCGCACGCUAUCGGUUCACGAAGUCUACCGUGAAGAAGCUGCUUGACUGCCUGCCUCUUAAACAGAACGCCAGCAGCCGUGGCCACCCUCUGCCACCAAUGCUUCAAGUUCUUCUCGCUUUACGCUUUUAUGGAGCGGGCACAUUUCAAGUUGUGACAGGUGACCUAGUGAACGUGUCGCAACCGACAGUGAGCCGCGUCGUCGAACGUGUCUCACGACUAAUUGCUGCGCACUUGUUCCCGGUCGUCGUGAAGUUUCCUAGCACAGAUAGCGAGUUCCGUGCGACGAUGGUGGAUUUCUACCACAUUGCCAAGUUUCCUGAGGUGACGGGGUGCAUAGACUGCACCCACAUCCGCAUCAAGGCACCGGGUGGGCCGAAUGGCGAAGUUUACCGCAAUCGGAAGGGUUCCUUCUCCAUAAAUGUACAGGUCAUUGCAGGGCCGCAGCUGCAAUUUUACGACGUCGUGUCUAGCUGGCCCGGAUCCGUACAUGACAGUCGAAUCUUCGACAACAGUCGUGCACGUGUUCUCUACGAGACAAAACGAAUGCCUGGACUUCUACUUGGCGAUGCUGGCUAUGCAUGCAUGCCCUUCCUAAUGACCCCACUAGCUUCCUCCGGACGUCCGAACAGCCCCGAGAGCAAGUAUCAAGCGGCUCACAUCCGCACCCGCAACACUGUAGAGAGAGCUUUCGGUGUGUGGAAGCGUCGCUUCCCGUGUUUGGACAUGGGGCUUCAGCACUUGACGGAGCGUUCUGCGGUCAUUACGACAGCCUGUGCUGCCCUGCAUAACCUGGCAGUCCUGAGGCAGGACCCGGAACCUCCAGCUGUGGUGAUCCCACAACACUUGAGGCGGCAGCAGCCUGAUGUGGCGAGGCAAACUGACACACUGAAUGGAUCGCAAUGUCGAAUGAGGCGUAUUGCUCGAACAUUUAACUAAAACAUCAUAAAAGCGAAUUUGCACCUACGUUAAUCCAGAUUUCAAAACGAGCACAUAUUGGAAACUCCAAUUAUGUGCAAGUUAAGAUAAGGAAUGACAUCAAAGUGCAAGCACACUUUACUGCUCAGGACACUCCUUUAGUACUUCUUUCAUAUGUAUAUUUUGGUGCUUUUUUCGUGUAUUGUGUAUAUUAUUGCUUAUUCGCACCAGUAGCUUCAAUCAUUAACCACAGUUGCAGCUGUAUCAUACUCCUUACAUAUUAAAGCAUAGACGUGUGUGAAAAUAUAAUGAAACAUUUAGUUUUAUGCCUGCUGGCUUUAUGUAAGUUGCUGCUUCUUUGCCUCUAAUUCAAGAAACAGCAUCUGGCGCUCCAUGUCAUCGCGCCACUUUUGCUGCUCCAGCUGCUGUUGCCGCAAUUGCACUUCGAUUUGGUGCAGUUCCUGUUUCCGUUGUUCGUCCAUCCUGUGACGUUGUCGUUGCUGGAGGAGCUGCUGCCGACGCAAGCGCAUCUCUACAGAGUGCAGUUCUGCUUUGCGCUCCUCAUCUUUCUGAAUCACCUUUAGUCGGGCAGCUCCUUCAGGUGCGAGCACCCGCUCUAUCGCAGCUGUGCGGCCUCGUGCUGGUCUCAGUUGCUGAGGUGUGUCAAUGAGAGCCGCAGCGUCUGAAGCUUCCACUCGAGCAGGUGUUGGCACUACAUGUGGCGUGGUCUCAGUCGUCGAUAGCGGCACGGUACUGGGACCUGCCAAGACAGCACUUUCCUGAGCCGGCAGUGGUGCCUGAACUGGAUUAUCUGCACACAUAAAACAAACAUUAACUUAGAGCCUAGGACGCACUGCAGUUGAAAACUCAUUUUUGUAAGCAGUGUCGAUUCAUAGUUUGAACACCUUAUGAAUACAAAUACACAUACAUGAAGGCACACUGUUCAGACAGUCACAAGUGAUCAGUCACACACGAAAUGGAAAGCGCUAGUGGCUCUAAACUUUAACCCAGGCCAGCAAGUGAAAAGAAAAAGUAAGCAGCUUAUCCAUAUGAUGCCCUCCAAGUGUGUUAGUCACAGAAAUAAAUAGGAAAAGUGUGUUCCAGUCUAGACUCAGUGUUGCCGUAACAACAGACUAAAGUUUCACUACUAAAUAGUGGCGCCUGAGUAGCAUGUAAAUUGAAAUAGCAAUAGAUACAACUUCACUCUGUGAUGUUUCUGACAGAUGUUAGUUGCACAAAUAUGCUGUCAAAGGAGGCUCAAUUCCACACAGGUUCCAGUGCUGCUGGAUAAGCAAGCUAUUUAGUUUCACUGCUGGCUGGAUGCGUCUCCGCUGUAGCAUGAAAUUUCAGAUAGCAGGAGAAACAACUUAUCUGAUGAUGCCUGCUACAUGUUAGUCGCAGAAAUCAGCUGCAAAGAAGACAUGUCGCCAGGAGCCGGUGCUGCUGGAGGAGCAUGAGCGUUAGAACCGAAGGCGCCCGAGCUGUAGAAGGCGACAUGCCCGUUGCUUCUGAUAGAGCGCAGACUUCCGAAGCUGGCUGUGGUACCACAGGGGUAGGGCCUGAAAAUACAAAGGAAGCAGAACUAGUGCCCCACAGGCAGUUGGUGCAAUCAAAAGAGCAUUCAUACAUUGGAACUUUACUGUAGAGGCACUUUUGUUUGUCUGCAUGCACACUUAUUUUUGCACAUGUACACACAGGAACCACAAUGAAUGUCUUCAUGUUAUCAGCAUUAAAAUUGGAUAACAGGUUGUAGGGGGCACAUUGCAGGCACUAUGCAAACACACAGGCACCUCGGAAAGAAUGAGAGAUGGGGACAGCUCGUACAAGUGCAUGCUAAUUUUGCAGGACACAAAUUGGAAAAAAGAGGCUGUCCUUCACGAACAGGGGCUUCAACAGCCGCCAAAUGUUGAGUUGACUGGCGGAGUGAAGCAUUUCAGCCGUGGCAGGUGAAAGUUAGCCGUUUAUUGAAAGGCCAGCUAUUUCCUGCGCUGGAAGUAGUGCUAUGGAAGAGAGGAUCUGCACAUAGAAAACAACCAGGCUCAAUUACAGCUCUAAAGGGAUGCAAGCCAAUCAAACUAGCCUUAAUCUUCGUGUUUACUUAUGACACACAGACACCUCAAGGUUAAAAAUACUUUCCCAUGACAAUUAUUUAGUGAAGUAACAGCAAGAUGCUGGCACAACAUGGUGUAUUGCUGUUAGAUAGUAACGACAGAAACGUAAAUUUUAGUGAAACAGACACACAAGCUAUGUGAACACCUGCGCCAGCUGCGUUACUCACAAAAAUAAACGACACAGAAACAGAACAUCUCAGAAACAGUAUACAUCCAUGCAGUCAUAUCACAACACAACGGCAGCAACAUGC